CGGCGACUAUGGCCGCGGCGGCGGGCGGCGGCGGGCUAGGGGCGGCGGCGGGCGCCGCGGGCGCGGGAGGCGCGGCGACGGCCGCGGGCCUGGCCGUUUAUCGGCGGAAGGACGGUGGCCCGGCCAGCAAGUUUUGGGAGAGCCCGGAGACGGUGUCCCAGCUGGAUUCGGUGCGGGUCUGGCUGGGCAAGCACUACAAGAAGUAUGUUCAUGCGGAUGCUCCUACCAACAAAACGCUGGCUGGGCUGGUGGUACAGCUUCUUCAGUUCCAGGAAGAUGCCUUUGGGAAGCAUGUCACCAACCCGGCCUUCACCAAACUCCCGGCAAAAUGUUUCAUGGAUUUCAAAGCUGGAGGCACCUUGUGUCACAUUCUUGGGGCUGCUUACAAGUAUAAAAAUGAACAGGGAUGGCGUAGAUUUGAUCUACAGAAUCCAUCCCGAAUGGAUCGGAAUGUUGAAAUGUUUAUGAACAUUGAAAAAACAUUGGUGCAGAGCAACUGUCUGACCAGACCCAACAUCUACCUCAUUCCAGACAUUGAUCUGAAGUUGGCUAACAAAUUAAAAGAUAUUAUCAAACGACAUCAGGGGACUUUCACUGAUGAGAAGUCAAAAGCUUCCCACCACAUUUAUCCAUAUCCUUCCUCACAAGAGGAUGAAGAGUGGUUGAGACCGGUGAUGAGAAAAGAUAAGCAGGUGUUAGUGCAUUGGGGGUUUUACCCAGACAGCUAUGAUACUUGGGUCCAUAGUAACGAUGUUGAUGCGGAAAUUGAAGAUCCACCAAUUCCAGAAAAGCCAUGGAAGGUUCAUGCGAAAUGGAUUUUGGACACUGAUGUUUUCAAUGAAUGGAUGAAUGAGGAGGAUUAUGAGGUGGACGAGAACAGGAAGCCCGUGAGCUUUCGUCAGCGAAUUUCAACAAAGAAUGAAGAGCCAGUCAGAAGUCCAGAGAGAAGAGAUAGGAAAGCAUCAGCUAAUGCUCGAAAGAGGAAACAUUCGCCUUCCCCUCCGCCUCCUACACCCACAGAAUCCCGGAAGAAGAGUGGAAAGAAAGGCCAAGCUAGUCUUUAUGGGAAGCGCCGAAGUCAGAAAGAGGAAGAUGAGCAAGAAGAUCUUACCAAGGACAUGGAAGACCCAACACCGGUACCCAACAUAGAGGAAGUGGUGCUUCCAAAAAAUGUGAACCCAAAGAAAGACAGUGAAAACACACCUGUUAAAGGAGGAACUGUUGCAGAUCUAGAUGAGCAGGAUGAAGAAACAGUCACAACAGGAGGAAAGGAAGAUGAAGAUCCUAGCAAAGGUGAUCAGAGUCGCUCACUUGACCCUGGAGAAGAUAAUGUGACAGAGCAGACCAAUCACAUUAUUAUUCCUAGUUAUGCAUCAUGGUUUGAUUAUAACUGUAUUCACGUGAUUGAACGGCGUGCUCUUCCUGAGUUUUUCAAUGGAAAGAACAAAUCCAAGACUCCAGAAAUAUACUUGGCAUAUCGAAAUUUUAUGAUUGACACAUAUCGCCUAAACCCCCAAGAAUAUUUAACCAGCACUGCUUGUCGGAGGAACUUGACUGGAGACGUGUGUGCUGUGAUGAGGGUUCAUGCCUUUUUAGAGCAAUGGGGGCUUGUUAAUUACCAAGUGGAUCCAGAAAGUCGACCCAUGGCAAUGGGACCUCCUCCUACUCCUCAUUUUAAUGUAUUAGCUGAUACCCCCUCUGGGCUUGUGCCUCUACAUCUUCGAUCACCUCAGGUCCCUGCUGCUCAGCAGAUGUUAAAUUUUCCUGAGAAGAACAAGGAAAAACCAAUUGAUCUGCAGAACUUUGGUCUUCGUACUGACAUUUACUCCAAGAAAACCUUAGCAAAGAGUAAAGGUGCUAGUGCUGGAAGAGAAUGGACUGAACAGGAGACCCUUUUGCUCCUGGAGGCUCUGGAGAUGUAUAAGGAUGAUUGGAACAAAGUGUCAGAGCAUGUUGGAAGUCGUACUCAGGAUGAAUGCAUCCUCCACUUUCUGAGGCUUCCUAUUGAGGACCCAUACCUUGAGAAUUCGGAUGCUUCCCUGGGGCCCCUGGCCUACCAGCCUGUCCCUUUCAGUCAGUCAGGAAACCCAGUCAUGAGCACUGUUGCUUUUUUGGCAUCAGUGGUGGACCCUCGCGUGGCAUCUGCUGCAGCAAAAGCAGCUUUGGAGGAGUUUUCUAGGGUCCGAGAGGAAGUGCCACUGGAACUGGUCGAAGCUCAUGUCAAGAAAGUGCAAGAAGCAGCACGGGCUUCUGGGAAAGUGGAUCCCACCUAUGGCCUGGAGAGCAGCUGCAUUGCAGGCACAGGACCUGAUGAGCCAGAGAAACUUGAAGGGGCUGAAGAGGAAAAAAUGGAAACAGAUACUGAUGGUCAACAGCCUGAAAAGGUGAAGUCUGUCUGUUUGAAUUCUCCUACCACAGGAAAGACACAGAGAGAGAAUGCCUUUCAGAGCAUAACGGCAGAAAACAAAGGGGAAAAUGAAACAGACGAAGGGGAUAAAGCACAAGAUGGAGAAAAUGAAAAAAAUAGUGAGAAGGAGCAGGACAGUGAAGUUAGUGAGGAUACCAAAUCAGAAGAAAAGGAAACUGAAGAGAACAAGGAACUCACUGAUACUUGUAAAGAAAGAGAAAGCGAUCUCGGGAAGAAGAAAGUAGAACACGAAAUUUCCGAAGGAAAUGUGGCCACGGCUGCCGCAGCUGCUCUCGCUUCAGCUGCAACCAAAGCCAAGCAUCUGGCUGCCGUGGAGGAGAGAAAGAUCAAGUCUCUGGUGGCCCUGUUGGUUGAGACACAAAUGAAGAAAUUGGAGAUCAAACUUCGACAUUUUGAGGAGCUGGAAACUAUCAUGGACAGAGAAAAGGAGGCUUUAGAACAACAGAGGCAGCAGUUGCUCACUGAACGCCAGAACUUCCACAUGGAACAGCUGAAAUAUGCCGAAUUGCGAGCCCGGCAGCAGAUGGAACAGCAGCAGCACGGGCAGAACCCUCAGCAGGCACACCAGCACUCAGGAGGACCUGGCCUGGCGCCGCUUGGAGCAGCAGGGCACCCCGGCAUGAUGCCCCAUCAGCAGCCCCCUCCCUACCCUCUGAUGCACCACCAGAUGCCACCACCUCAUCCACCGCAGCCAGGUCAGAUACCAGGUCCAGGUUCCAUGAUCCCUGGGCAGCCCAUGCCAGGCCGCAUGAUUCCCACCGUUGCAGCCAACAUCCACCCCCCCGGGAGUGGCCCAGCCCCUCCUGGUAUGCCUCCAAUGCCAGGAAACAUCUUAGGACCCCGGGUACCCCUCACGGCACCUAAUGGCAUGUAUGCCCCUCCACCGCCGCCGCCGCCGCCGCCGCCGCCGCCGCCCGCUGAUGGAGUCCCUCCGCCUCCCGCUCCAGGCCCGCCCGCCUCGGCCGCCCCUUAGCCCGGAGGAUGCAGGCAGCGUCCACGCCCAGCGCCGGCAGCUGCAGGGGGAUGACGAGACUUGUGCUCCGCGGCUUUCUCGGGUUUCUUUUAGGAUUUUUCUUCUCGCAGCCCCAAGCACGCAUCCCGUAUUUCCCCGUCCCUCUUGCCAGCCCUCGCCAUGCUCUGACGCGUGCUGUGUCAGGUCCUCCGCCGGCACC